AUGCCCAAUUUUUCAAUCAACACCUCAAAUUCGUACUCAUUUCUCGAAGAAAUUGCUGAAGAUUCUAUAAAUAUUGAUCAACAGAUCAAAAAUCGUAUAAAUGGUUCUCUGGAUGAGAAUGUGAAUAAAAAGGAGAAUAAAAAGGAGAAUAAAAACGAGAAGAAAUCCAAAAAUGAGAAGAAGAAAGCGAGUGGAAUUGUUAACGGUCUUUUCAAAAAUCUUCCUCAUCCCUUCGAUUUCUCUAAAUUUUUCAACGCCGAGCUAUUGACGGUUGAAUGGCCUGAAGUCUCUAACAAUUGUCUUUCUCUUCACUUGACGCCGAAUCGUUCUGAUUUAGAGUUAACAAUAGAUAAAUGGGAACUACCGGGAGUGAUUUUUCGAGUGGAACAACAAAUGAAUGAAGAACAAAAGGGUGCUCUUCUUGAGAUCGAUUACAGUUCAGAGGAAUCGAGAAAGAAUCUACGGAAAGUGCAAAGAAUUCCGAUCAAUUCUUUGCAUUAUGCAUGUAUUCGAUUUGAUUGGAACGAUGAAAAAAACGAAUGCAUUCCAUCAUUUUUCUUUCAUCGACUACUCCAAGGAAGGGAUCAAUUGAAUGAAAGAAUGCAAGAACCAAUUGAAACUAAUGGAACUCUAGAUUUUGUGCAAGGAGUUCCUUUAUUCGAUCAAGAAUUAGCGGACAUUCGAUUCUUCAAUGACAGCUCAACAAUUUUGGAUUUCUCAAUUCCUUGGUGUGAUCCGAUCAAUAAAGGAAUACAUUAUAUUUACCCAGGAUGGAAAGAAUCGAGAAGUAGUCCGUCUAAGUACGCUUUCUCCAUUGCACCUAAACAAUGGGCUCGUCUAAAGAUCACCUUCCAGUUGCCAAGAACAAAAGAAUGUUUGCGAGAAAUGGCUGAAAACAAUGAAUAUGUCUGGAUUGUUAUUUAUUUAAAAGGAGAAGGAUAUUACAAAAAGAUCGAAAGACGCUUCAAUUUCACACUUCAUUGGAAUGCAGAGAAC